GAUGAUUUGAAGAAAAGGCUCGCUGACGCAGGCAGCAAACUCGUCGUUAUUGAUUUUCACGCAACCUGGUGCGGUCCCUGCAAGAUGAUUGGACCCAAGGUUGAGGAACUCGCUGGAGAACACACGGAAGUUGUCUUCGUCAAGGUUGACGUAGAUGAAUGCGAAGAUAUCGCCACCGAAUACAAUGUUAACAGUAUGCCGACAUUCAAGUUCAUCAAGGACGGUAAAGUUGUUGACACCUUGGUUGGCGCUAAUGUUGAUAAGCUAGAUGAUUUGAAGAAAAGGCUCGCUGACGCAGGCAGCAAACUCGUCGUGAUUGACUCUUCCACGCAGCCUGGUGCCAGGCCCUGCAAAAUUAUUGCUGGACCCAAGGUUGAGGAACUUGCUAAAGGAACACACGGAAAUUGUCUUCGUCAAGGUUGA